UGGAGAUGCAUUUGUAAUAGCGGUGGCGACUCGACUUAAAUAACGCGUUAACCUGUUGUUAACUCCGGCCGCUAGAAAAAGAUGAAUGCGAAUGGAUAUAGCGUUAUGGAAAAAGAGUAUAUAAGGAAGCAUCAUAUUCAUGAGGUUAAAGAGAAUCGAUGCAGUUCGUUUUUAGUAAAGCACAUUCGAGCACCUGUUCAUCUCGUUUGGUCACUGGUUAGGCGGUUUGAUCAACCACAAAAGUACAAGCCCUUUAUCAGCAGGUGCAUUGUGCAAGGAGAUCUUGAGAUUGGUAGUCUUAGGGAAGUUGAUGUCAAGUCGGGCCUCCCUGCAACAACAAGUACUGAGAGAUUGGAGCUUCUUGAUGAUGAAGAGCACAUCUUAAGUGUCAGGAUUGUUGGCGGGGAUCACAGACUUAGGAAUUACUCCUCAAUCAUAUCUGUCCACCCGGAGGUUAUUGAUGGAAGACCUGGGACACUAGUGAUUGAAUCAUUUGUGGUGGACGUGCCCGAAGGAAACACCAAAGACGAGACCUGUUACUUUGUUGAAGCAUUAAUCAAAUGCAACCUAAAAUCACUUGCUGAUGUUUCAGAGCGGCUUGCUGUGCAGGACAGGACAGAACCCAUUGAUCAGGUUUAAAUGUUCAGGAAGAUGUUUGGAAGGUUAUUACACGAAGGAUGAAGCUUCCUCAAGGCUGUUAGUUCUCCUGAGGCUUUGGAGGCGGACUGUAUGUGGCUGCUCUCUUAAAUAUUCCCCGGUGCUUUUAGUGCUCAACUUUUUCUUCCGCUUCUUCUUUGUUUUUUCGGUGUAUGUUAGGGUUCGUUCAUAUUACUCGUUGUUUUGUAGUGUCUCAGAACCACAGGUUUUACAAGGAUUUGUAGACACCCUGUAAAUGGAUGAAAAGACUAGUCUGUUUCAAUUCUUAGAAUUUUGAUAGUGGUUGCGGGUAUGCCACUUGUCUCACUUUAGCGUUGUUCCAGGGUCUAUUGAGUUUAUAGUCGCAUUUGUGGUCUCUAGUUGCAGUAAAUAAUGGUGGAGUACAGGGGAAACUCUAUUUACCGAAUAGAAGCACAUUUAAGGCUCCAGCAGUCCAUGAGCUAAUGCUGUACAGACUUGUUAUAGAAAAAUGCUUUAGAUCUGCAAA